ACAAAAUAACGUGCGGGAAACGUAAGUCAACUGUAGUAAAAAAAGGUUCAGUAAAGAAUACUUAAACAACUGAAUGACAUGUUGCUUUGUUAGGGAACGAAGGAUAGUUAUUCGCAGUUUUGUCGGUUAUUGAUUGAAUAUUUUUGAGGACAGUUCAAAUGAUGUCAGAAAUCACAAUACCAGCAUCUCCAAAUUGGUACUGCACACACGUGACCGAUGCAAACAAUGCCGGUGUUUAUGUUUUCGGUGCAAGAAGAGAUGUUCUGAUUUUUGACGUGACAUGCUAUCCAGCUAAAGCAAAAGGAGUGUUCCGUGCUCACAGAGAUAAAGUUAGUGCGGUGGCCCUUAGUCCACAUCAAGAUGAAAAUAUUACAACGUGCUGCAGCGGAUCAGAAGAUGGGAAACUGAAAAUAUGGAAUACUGAAACUAAAGAACAGCUCUUUGAGCACAAUGCACACAGGGGUAAGCUGACCACCAUUAGCUGGUCCCCUCAGCAGGUAGACCUAGUGUUGAGUGCUGAUGACAAGGGGGACAUUGUGUCCUGGCAGUACUUAGAGGGCAGACUUCAAACCUUUAGUCCAGAGAAUGCGGGAGUUAUGUGUCUUGCAUGUUCACCAAUAACUGCCGGGACAGUUGCUGUUGGGUACAAGACUGGCUUGAUUCUGGUACUAGAUGUGAAGAGAGAGGGUCAGAUUUUGCAGCGACUGCGGGGGCAUGAUGAAGACGUUCAGUGCCUAGUUUGGUGUCCUGUCCCUGGGGAGAAUUUCAAACCUCCCAAACCAGAGUACAGAGAUCUGGAUGACCCCGUCAGUGCAGUUGAAGUGGUGGACAACAAUCCAGCUUCAGCGGAGGAAGAUGAUGUAGACUUUGGUACGGAUGGCCACCUUCUAGCAUCUGGUAGCAAAGACAAGACUAUUCGUAUCUGGAGCACUGACAGGGGCAGACAACUCUUACAGCUAAAGGUUGGAAAGUCUGGAGGUAGAGAUCAAGGGAACGAGUAUGGUGGUGGAAAAAUGUGGACCACCUUUGUAUGGCUGAGAAAUAAUCCUCGUCACCUGAUCUCUAGCUCAGCAGGCGGAGAUCUGCUUAAAUGGGACAUUACAUCACCAACCCAGCAGAAAAGUAAGCCAUUCUGUGCCGAGCACAAAAAGGGAGGUCACUAUCGUAUGGUAUUCAACCUACAUCUGGCAGGGCCUGCAGACAGCUAUCUGUGUUCUAUGUCAAUGGACAGACAGGUGAUUGUGUGGAACACUGACUCUGGAUCACUGUUUGGGGUCCUACCCACGUUUGGGGGGUUUGUUUACGUUGCCAAGUCCUCACCUGUAGAUCCAGGAAGAAUGGCAGUGGGGGUCGGAGACAGUAUGAUACGUCUAUGGAACCUCAAUAAUACCAACAAUCUCACGGACAUCAAGAAUCUGUGGCAAGGAAUCAAGACCAAAGUCACAGCACUAUGUUGGCAUCCCGUGAAGGAAGCUCUGUUGGCGUAUGGGACUGACGAUGGGCGAGUGGGUGUGUACGACACAUUGUCAAACAGACAUCCCAACAUUUCCUCCACCUACCAUAAGCGGACAGUGUAUGUGGUGACGUGGGGUCCCAGCUGUUCACACCAAGAUGAUGUAUCGGGUGGCUACAGUCUGUACAGUAUCGGGGAUGGUGUUAUCCUGGAACACGACGUCUAUAACCUACAGGAGGAGGCCAGUGACGUCAACUCACUCAUACAGCAAACUAAUGGCAAAAAGGUCAAGUUACCAGUGCGCAGUGAGAUCAGCUGGAGUCCAGACUUUUCUUUUGUUGCUAUUGGCAAUGAUGAUGGGUCAGUGGAAAUUUACAAGCCCCCAAAUUUUCGUCUGGUUGCCACUGUCCAUAUUCAUAAAAAGUUGAUCAACUGUAUUCAAUGGCAUCCCCACAUCACCAUGGCUUCACCAGGUGGCUCCCCCUACAUGUACUGGAUAGCCACAGCAUCAAACGAGGCGGGAGUCUAUGUAGUAAACCUGUCUUCUCUCCUGGACAAAGUUGGAGACCUAGUGGCCGAACCUGUGGUAGUGUCCGAAUCCAAGCAAUGUCUCCUCGGCCACGUGGACAGAGUGACCGGUGUUGCCUGGAGUCCCCACAUUGAUCAACACCUAGCCACAGUUUCGUAUGAUGGUCAAGCACUGGUUUGGGAUGUGGAUAAGAACGAGAUGCUGGCUUGUUACCAAGGUCACAGUGGGAGACUACUCUGUGUGCAGUGGAACGGUCUACAUGACGAUCUGGUCAUAACUGGAGCAGACGACUUCUCUCUCCACCAGUGGCGACCUUCGCUUCACAUCCCAAAUCCAGAAAAUGCUGGAAGACAGAGAAAACAGAAGCACAACAAGAAAAAGUCAAAGAAAAGUUCCACUGUUAGUAAUAUGGAUACUAAUACCAACGCCAAUCCAGGGCCUGUCGAUUUAUCUCUGACGACAGAAGACCAGGAUGGCCUGGAGAAAAUCCUGGAAGAGAAACGUCGACAACUUCUUGAGAAGGACACAACAGUGUUACUUGAAGAGACAGAUAAGACAGGCAUACAAGGGAGUGGCACAGCAUCUAAUGACCCUGUCGGGAUUCCGUGUACCACUUCUUCCUCUGACAACAAUACCACUGUCUCUACGGCAACCAAUAUAACAAACAAUAAGGCAACCAGUGCUGCAGUAGUUGACCUUGCACAACCUGUGACCUUGGAAACAGGUCAAGAGUUCACCCAGAGGGAAGUCAGAGCAUCAGCUGAUUUUGACCGAACUAGGCCAGCAGACUUAACAAAGGACAAAAAGAAGAAAAGCUGGAAGGUGAAAUCGUAUUUUCCUCUUACUGGACGAGCAGAAAAUAGGGGCAAAGACUUUCUCCAUGAUGACCUCAUCUACCUUGCAAAGAGAGUGACAGGCUGUGUUGAGGACAAAGUGAGGCCAGGGUCGAGUGACUGUGACAUUUCUGCUUCGGACACCGAUGACCAACAGGACUAUGUCCAUCUCGGCUUCUUUCUGGACCGAAGAGGGAUGUACAAGUGCUUAAAACAGGAAGGACAACACCACCGUGACCAUGACAAUAUGGACUAUUAUUACCAACUGGAGAUAUGGAAAGGCAAUAUAAAUGGGGCAUUACGAUUGGCCAGGGAGCGAGAGGAACUCUCUGAUUGGUUGGUGUCUAUGGCACCAAUGGCAAACUUUGACACAUGGAUAACAGUUUGUGAGGACUACGCCACUCAGCUUGAGUCCGAAGGACAAUACCACAAAGCAGCCACCUACCUUCUUGCAGCACAGAAAGUCUACGAGGCCAUCGAACUGUUCAGGCGGCACCGCCUCUUCAAGGAGGCUAUAGCCUUAGCCAAGGUGCGGUUGUCUCCCUUUGACCCUGUUCUGGAGGAACUUUAUACACUAUGGGCACAGCAGCUCACUAGGGACGGUAACUACGAGCAAGCAGCAAAAUGUCAUCUAGCAAUGAAGCAGGUUCAGGAUGCUGCCCUACUAUUGGCCAGGAGGUACAACCAAUCAAGUUUGAGAACAGCUAGUCACAUCUGUCUUGUUGCCGGCGAGAAACAGCAGGGCCUCCUAUAUGCCUACAAAGUCGCUCAACAGUACUCCCUCCAGUCGGAGUGGAAGGAGGCGUACAGCUUCCUUAAGGAACAGAAACCUUUCCAGUGCGUAACUGCGAUGACGGCCAUGCAUGAGCUGCUGCUGUAUGAGGCACAGAAUGUUCCCCUAGAGAGUGUGUCCAUUGACAAGGAUAGGUUUACUCAGUGGAGUGACAUGGGCAGCCCCAAGGUCUUACUGCCUGACUUUAUGUUAGAUGCCAAAGAAAAUGAACCAAUAUCUCCAUGGCAACCUUACCUAAUUGACGGCCACACCUUCCCUCACCAUGUGCUGCGGAUCCUCCACUCCAGUCUCGGUGUCAGUAUGGACACCACAAACCUGGAGGAUAUGUACAAGGCUCUCAGUGUCCUCCAUGCUGGUCGUCAGGUCCAGACUGACCUUACGCAGCUGCUGGGACAGGUGAGUAUGGACCUGGUGCUCUGUCUGCUGUCUUUGUUGAUGUCAGAAACCCCCACCGCCAUAUCCCACCUACUCCAGGCCAUCAGUCUCCUCCACGAGGCUGGCCACUAUGAUCUGAUGGAGCUCAUUCUCCGGCUCUUCCUCCCACAAGGGCCAAAGUACUUACUUAAGUUACAGCAAGAGGUCACAGCCAUGCGUGUGGUCAUCAGCAUGGAUAACCACAGCAACGUAGAUGGAGCCUCUAAAGUCCACACCAUCAAGCGUUAUAUGUCGGAGAUCAGAGAAGAUGACACUGUAUCUAAUUCGACUCUCCGCUGUCGAGAACUCGACUGUCUCAGAGCCUACUACUACCUGGUCAUAUUGAACUUUCUCAGAGAAAAGCUAUCUACAACAAAAAAGCCAGAUGAAACGGCUAACAUUGCUGAAUCACCUCCAGUGAAUGAAGCAUCAAUAGUAACUCGUGCUGGGGGUCAAAGUUCACCCAAUAGUUCAACAGGAGAUUCUGCCAACGACCAGUUGAAAACAGAGGACCAGAUUGACCCAGGUACCUUGGGAGCUGGUGAUGAAAUUUGUGAUAGGGUCGGAAAUCCCAAAGCAAAUGAGAAUAGAGACAAUAGUGCUGACAUGAAGGACAUGUCCAAAUGUGUUACAGAUAGUCAAGCACAAAAUUCAAUCAAUCAAAUGCCUUCAUUACCUUUGCCUAAACCUGGUGGAAAUUGUGAUAAAACUGCUCAAAGUGACAGUGGGAACGCAGCCCCAGCUCAAAUCAUUGAGAAACCUCAAUCAACCUUAACCCCUCAAGGUGGUGAGGAUUCAGACAGUACAGUGUUGGAAGAAACAGAAAGUGCUCAAGGUCAAGGAUGUAUAAACAAAGGAGCUAAGGAAAGUUCGGUAGAUGGUAGGAAAUCAGAUGUUGAUAAAAAGUGUUUGGAUGUUGCCAAGGACAAGAAUUCUGAUUUAGCAUUUUUCUUUGACGCAUUUCAGAAUGAUACACCCGUAUAUCACCUGACCUUGCCCCUUCUGUCCCAUCUGGCACGAGGCCUGCUCUGGGAUAUGCAAGGAAAACGUUUUGCCCUGACAGAGACACUAGGCUACAUUCAUAAGGCCAUAUCUCAACUCUUACUAGCUCAGAAACCCAGUGCUCUGCCCGGUGGUCAGAGUGAGGCACUUGCCAUCGGUGAAUUGGCAAUGGUCAGGGAUGGACAUUUUAAUGGUCACUCUCACUCGGACAGUUUCAUUGAUCAUCACUCACACUCUGAUACUUCUGCUUCUCCUCUGUCUCCAGAACCUCCGAGACAAGAUGGCGGGUCACCUAAGAAACGUCACCAUAAUGAAUCUGUUAUAGAACGUUCUUUGUCUAACCAUGUAGGAAGUGUCACCUGCCCAUUCCACAGCAGUGCUGUGUUUUCUCGAUCUGUGUCCAUCGACAGCGGUGCUGCUGACAUCAAUCUGCCACUUCAUGAACAUUUAGGCUCACUUGACCUUGACCUGGACCCAUCUUCUGACAAUGCAUUCAGCAUCUGUUCGUCAUGUGAAUGGCUGUCAAAGUCACGCAAAGUAAUUUGGGAGGACGAACCUCACCCCCAUUCACAUCCUGGCACAGAGCAUCAGGUGCAUCAUGGGAAGUCAAAGGUCACCAGCAUUGUAAAUCCAGCUAAGUACAUCAAUGUUCCUGAUGAGUGGUAUAACACAGCUGCUGACCAGAAGUACUGCAUGCCCUAUGUCACCAUGGCUAUCCUCAAGGAAGAGCAGGAGUAUGUGAUGCGGGAACUAAAGCGAGGCCAAGAUGCUUUACAGAUGCCAUUCCCGAACCCUCUGGAGUCGGUCAAACUUUUACUGGAGGUCAGUGGUAAAAGUGCCUUCCUUAGCGUUACCGAGAAACACCAGUUUGCCGAGAAGGUGGUUUCCUGGGGGAUGAAGUUUUCCGUGUCGUCGCAACAGAAGGAGGCUCUCAUGGAUUCCAUGCAUCGAACACUUAUCCACGAAUAAACCGUAUAUCUACACUAGGAGUGUUUUAGCAAAAGUAAUAACGUCUCACCCUCCCUGAUAUGAUUUUCUAUCAUUGGUGUGAUCUUUAUCGCCUGAUGCAGCACCAAGUGGUAAGGUGCCCACUGUUCAGAACCAAUCAAACUCUAUUUUUUCUUGUGAAAAUGUCAAUAAAGUUCCAAACAAAAUCCGACAUCCACAUCACUUUUUUCGUUUCAGGGUUUUAGGUGAUUACUUAAAUAACAUCUGGUCUCUGUGCAGACAAAAAUGUCAGGCAAUUAGGGUGAGAAUUAUCUGAAUUCUUUUGUGUCAUAAGUAUUAGUGUGAGAUGUAAGGGAAGUAAGAACUGACAAAGAUAUAUACUGUUCACAGGAGACAAAAACCUUGUGUGAAGGAUGUGGAAUCCAAAAAUGGCAAGAAAAAAACUUAACAAGACAUUUGUCUGUUUCUCUACUAUGCUGAUUUGUUUUGCCUUACAGAUUUGUUAUAAAAGUAUAAGCAUGUAUACAGACUUCUUGGUAUCCUGUCUCUCUUGAGCCUUAUAGCUGUGUAUGAGGCCUCUCUCUGGUGAAGGGACUCCCGACUGAACAAUUAUAUAUGAGGGUCAUAUCUGGAAGUCGGACAUUCCUUUAGUUGGAUUAAAAUAAAAUUUGGAAUAUGUUUGUGGAUAUGUACCUGUAAUUUUAGACCACAAGGCCUGGGUUUACCUCGAGUUAGAUAUACGGUAUACAACCAUUGGUCAUGCAUCUGUUCAUCUAAUGUAUAAAACAUUUAAUGACAAGACGCUACUCUGUAAAAUAAUGUGAUAUAGACAGCGCUAGGAAAUAUUACAUGUAUCAUGAUUCUGUGCUGUAUAACAGAAUGUAAAAUGACCAUUAUUGUUGUAAAACCAGCUUCGUGGAUAGCCUUGGGCAUGAGUUUUGAGAGUAUUAAGGUUAAGUACUUUUAUAGAGUGCAUGUUCAUCAUGAACAACUCUGGUGUUGUGAUAUCGUGAACAUGAGGACAUUAAUUAUUCUCACCUUAUGCCUGGUGAUAUACCUCAAAACUCACACCCAAGUUCACCACUUUUGUACAGCAUGUCUGUAUUUACUGCUCUAGUGUAUUUGUGAACAAGAAAAUCGAGCCUUAGUAAGGCAGUGAGGUGGGUUACAGGUAUAGUCCGGUGGGCCUGAGGUCUAUGAUAUACAUAGAUAUGUACUUUUGGAGGGAGGUUUGAUAACUCAACCCAUCACCAUAACUAUACUGUAAAAUACAUUGGUUUUGUGUUCUGUUUUAAGUAGAAAAUAUUUUAAUUUCUGACUUAAGAUUGUCAUGUUGAACUGAUAUAUCUCGUUCAAGUUUCUGUACAUCACACACAUGGUAUAUAGCACCACAUAAACCCCUCAUGAUAAAGUGUGUGUCUACACAUGUGUGUGUGGUGUGUGUGUGUGUGAAUGUGUUAUUGUAUGUGUGUGCAUCUUAUUCUGUUAAAAGUGGCGUUUUUGCCCUUGAUUUUGCUCGCUAUAUCCCACCAAGAUGGUGGAGACAUGUAAGUGCUACUCUAGGGAAACAAAAUGUACACAGGAGGUCAAGUGCAGAAAACAAAUAUAAAAUUAUAUCACUAUUGAUGCAAAAUGUUGACAAACCAGCAGGUGUUUCACGAGGACGGUACAUUGAGGCCGUUUGACAUAUAUAGGGCAUGAAAAGUGAAUUGUAAUGUUCUUAUUACACAAAACACUCUCUGUUAUUUAUACAAAGAAUGUGUUGAAAUGGCAAUAACUCAUGUAUAAGUUUUUAACGUUGUUGUUAUAUUUACGAAUAAACUUUUUAAAACUUAAAAUCAAAAGUCUGUAAAAGUAAAACUCUCAUAUUACAUUAUAUCAAAACUGAUGAAUUUUAUUGAAGAGUUCAACGGUGUCUUUCUUUGUGGCAAUUUAUAACAUCCAGUAAUUAUAAGCUACAGAAGAUGUAAACAAAAAUCAUAAUCAUUGUUUAAGAACAUUAUCAUAACUUUCGUUCUGUUACUGGCAGGUCUAGUUAUUGUUAUACUUCUAUUAAUUGACUAUUGACCUUUUUAACCUUUUAAAGGUGAAGUGUCAGUUUUCUUAUCGGAGAUGCAUGUUUAUUUACAUAAAAAGCAAUAGGGCAAAAUUUGUAAAUAUGUCAACAUUCCUUUCAUGUGAUGUGUGAAAUGUCAAAUAAAUCCAGAUACUUGUAAC